UAACUUUAAGCCGGGGGCCACACUCUCAGCCGUCAACAACAUAACGCGAUAUUUUCUAGCGAAUCGGCCGAAUUAUAUCCUCGAUAAGUAAUGUGCUGAAAGGAACUGAAAAGAACUAUCAAAGACACACUUGUCAUAAAUGCGUAGGAGAUCGUUAGCUAAACAACAAUUACGUUCGCAAUCGACCAGAAAAACACUAAAAAUCUAAUCGAAAUCCCGAACUCGGCGAGCGGUUAGAGUUGUGUAACACGGACGGACGACGGGCCCGAGAAGAAGAAACGUGAACUAGAACCCUCUGUGUCUCCGCUGGUUUUGUUGAGUUGAGGGAAAGCAGGAGCUGACGGCAUGGCGCUUGAGACGGAGGCGAAGAAUUUGAAUGCAACGGCCACGGGCGAUGCGGCAACAACAAAGAACAGCGGCAAGGCCAAGGAGAACAACAACACGGCCGGCAGCAAAAAGAAUCAGAAUCCGAAUCAAAACUUGGUCAAUGGCAAUGGCACAGCUGCCGACGGUCCGGCUGCGAAAAAGAAAGGAAAGAAGAACCGCAACAAAAGCCCGACCGAACCCGCUGCAGAGACCGUGGAAUCUGCUCUGAGCAACGGACAUGCCGAAAAGCCAACAAAAGAGGACGCCAAUGAAUGUAAAGCCGAUGCCGAUGCCAAUGCCAAUGUGGAGAAAACUGAGACCGAGGCAGCACCUGAUGCCGAGGGAGAAGGGGAGGAUAUUGACCUAGAUGCCCUACAUGACGUUGGCAUCACGGUAAAUAUCAGCAGUCCCGGCGCAGACCUGCUUUGCGUCCAGCUAUCGAGCAUGGAGUUGGUGCAGGAAAUUCACCAGCUACUAAUGGACCGAGAGGAGACUUGCCAUCGCACCUGCUUUUCGCUGCAGCUGGAUAACGUGACGCUGGACAAUUUUGCUGAGCUUAAGACAAUCGAGCAGCUGGAGCAGGGUUCCACCAUUAAGGUGGUAGAAGAGCCAUACACCAUGCGGGAGGCCCGCAUUCACGUUCGCCAUGUGCGCGAUCUUCUCAAGAACCUUGAUCCAGCGGACGCAUACAAUGGUAUAGACUGCACCUCGCUGACUUACCUUAAUACGAUUACCCAAGGUGAUUUGUUGGACAAGAAGAAGACGCGACCAGACUCUGUAGACUGCACGCCACCGGAGUAUGUAACUCCAGGGGUAUCCGAACCACCACUUCUACCACUGCAUCCAAAUGUGAAAAACGCCAAGGGGCCGCAGGCUCUCAAGGUACUCACUACGUCAGCCUGGAACCCGCCACCUGGUCCUCGUAAGCUGCACGGCGACCUCAUGUAUCUGUACGUCGUUACUAUGGAAGAAAAACGCUUCCACAUCUCCGCCUGCUCCAAGGGCUUCUACAUCAAUCAGUCGACAGACGAUACUUUUAACCCCAAACCCGACAAUCCCAGUCACCUUAGCCACUCGCUGAUCGAUCUGCUCUCCCACAUAUCACCAUCGUUCCGACGUGCCUUCCAGACCAUCCAGAAGCGACGCACGAUGCGCCACGCUUUUGAACGGGUGGCUACGCCAUACCAAGUGUACCAGUGGGCAUCACCCACUCUGGAGCAUACGGUGGACGCAAUUCGUGCCGAGGAUGCAUUCAGCUCCAAGUUGGGCUACGAGGAGCACAUCCCCGGACAAACGCGCGACUGGAAUGAGGAGCUGCAGACGACCCGGGAACUGCCACGUAAAACACUGCCUGAGCGCUUGUUGCGCGAGCGCGCCAUCUUCAAGGUGCACGGAGACUUUGUAACCGCCGCUACGAGGGGCGCCAUGGCCGUUAUUGACGGCAAUGUGCUGGCGAUCAAUCCCGGCGAGGACUCCAAAAUGCAGAUGUUCAUCUGGAACAACAUAUUCUUUUCGCUGGGCUUCGACGUGAGAGACCACUAUAAGGAACUAGGCGGCGAUGCAGCGGCCUUUGUCGCCCCACGAUAUGAUCUGCAUGGCGUGCGAGUCUACAAUGCCGUAGAUGUGGAAGGAUUGUAUACAUUGGGAACCGUAGUAAUUGAUUAUCGCGGCUACCGCGUCACAGCCCAAUCUAUUAUCCCGGGUAUUCUGGAGCGCGAGCAAGAGCAGAGCGUGGUCUACGGUUCCAUUGACUUUGGAAAAACAGUGCUGAGCCAUCCCAAGUACUUGGAACUUUUGCGACAGGCUGGAAAGCAUCUGAAGAUCUUGCCGCACGCGGUGCUAAAUGAGCGGGAUGAACCAGUGGAGCUGUGCUCCUCGGUGGAGUGCAAGGGCAUUAUCGGCAAUGAUGGCCGGCACUACAUCCUUGACUUGUUGCGCACUUUCCCCCCAGAUGUGAACUUCCUGAAGCUUCAAGACGUACAAUUAAGCAAAGAGCUGGUCGAUAUGGGCUUCCCAAUAGAGCAUCGCCACAAGCUGUGCUGUCUGCGCCAAGAGCUGCUCGAAGCUUUUAUCGAGGAUCGCUAUGUGAGCUUCAUCCGAAUUGCCGCCGUUCAUCUGCAACAGCUCAAUGCCAAGAAACAGUCUGAGAAGGCAGAGGAGAAACAAGUGCCCGCCUUAGAAGAAACCGAGGCGGAAUCCAAGGUAAAUGGAGCUGAGAAAACAGACGACAAGGAGGAGGAGCAGAAGGAAGAGAAGGCGCAGCCCACUACCAGCGAAACAAAGACUGCCGAGGCCAUGGUUAACGCCAUCCGGGAGGCGCAGUCCAAUGUUGCUACCUCCAACGAGGUACAAGCUGCCGAAGUUGUUAAACGGGCUUGUGCCGCUGUUGGCUCCUUGAAGGAAAAAGAGUUCGAUUUCCGCUUCAACCCCGACGUGUUCUCGCCCGGCAUUCGUCACGUGGAUGGCGAGGAGGGCACCUGUAGCUCGCUCGCCAAGCAGAAGGUUCUUGUACAGGAAGCCGCAGAGUUUCUGGUCCUUAAGCAGAUACCCGCCUUUAUCAAGGAACACCUGGCCCACUCCUCGCCACCGAUCGAUGGCCAGGGUCUCACAGAAUCCCUGCAUAGUCACGGUAUAAAUGUGCGCUAUUUGGGCAAGGUCAUAAAAAUGUUGGGCCAGAUGCCACGCAUGGAUUACCUGUACAGAAUCGCCAUUCUCGAGCUGAUUGUACGGGCCACCAAGCACAUCUACUACACCUACAUGCAGAACACAGAGCCGCUACAUUUGUCUGCCGCCAUCAGCCACUUCCUCAACUGUCUGCUAACCAACGGUCCAGUCAAUCCUGCUGUAAGCAGCGAGGAAGCGCACAAAAAACGCAGCAAUGGUGGCAAGCACAACAAGCACAAGUCCUCCAAGGGUGGAAAGGGUCAGCAGCAACAGCAGGCGACUGGUAAUCAGAACGGCAGUUCGUCUGGUUCCUCAAAUUCAUCAUCCGCUUCCGAUUGGACUCUGGUGACACCCCGAUCCCUCUGGCAGCAAAUCCGCCGGGAGGCCAAGGCCUAUUGGGACUGGGACUUGGAAUGUGACUCAAUUGACAGCGCAGUGAGCAAGUACGGCAUUCUGCGGAUCAGUCUACUUCGUGCCUUCUGCCUCAAGGUCGGAAUACAGGUGCUGCUGCGCGAGUACAACUUCGAGUCAAAACACAAGCCAACCUUUGGAGACGACGAUAUAGUCAAUGUGUUCCCUGUAGUGAAGCAUAUAAGUCCUCGGGCAACAGACGCCUAUAACUUCUACACCACGGGUCAGGCCAAGAUCCAACAGGGCAUGUUCAAGGAAGGUUAUGAGCUGAUCAGUGAGGCUCUGAAUCUGCUGAACAACGUUUUUGGGGCUAUGCACCAAGAGAAUGGAUCCUGUCUGCGGAUGUUAGCUAGGCUCAGCUACCUCUUGGGUGAUGCCCAAGAUGCUCUGGCAAUUCAACAGCGAGCAGUGAUCAUGAGCGAGAGGGUGAACGGCAUCGACCACCCCUCGACCAUUUUGGAAUAUACACACUUAUCACUAUAUUCCUUUGCAAAUGGACAUGUGGGAAUGUCUCUUAAGCUGCUGUAUAGAGCACGCUAUCUGAUGGUACUCAUUUGUGGAGAAGACCAUCCAGAGGUGGCACUCAUCGAUAGCAACAUAAGUUUGAUUUUGCAUGCUCUGAGCGAAUAUGAGUUGUCGCUGCGAUUUAUCGAGCAUGCCUUAAAGCUGAACCUGAAAUACUUCGGCAACAAGGCCAUGCACGUUGCAGUCAGCUAUCAUUUGAUGGCCCGUACACAAUCCUGCAUGGGUGACUUCCGCUCGGCAUUAAAUAACGAAAAGGAAACUUAUUCUAUUUACAAGUCACAGCUCGGUGAGAAGCACGAAAAGACCCGCGACUCGGCGGAGUGUCUGCGCCUUCUGACUCAACAGGCUGUAUUACUGCAGCGCAAGAUGAACGACAUCUAUUCCAGUGGCAAGCUGACUUGUGACCUGCCACCCAUUCACAUCACACCACCCUCGAUGGGCUCGGUGCUGGACAUGCUGAACACUAUCAAUGGCAUUUUGUUUGUGCAGAUUAGCCAAAAAGACAUUGUAAAGGUGCGCAGCGAAAUUGAAAAGCAUUUCAAGGCCAAUAGCGCCGAACACGAGGUUAAUGAUGCCAUCAAAUCCAUUGUGGCUGCUGCCAACAACAAUGGUGAGGCCGAGACCCCAAAGGAAACUAAAGAGCAGGCGGCAGCAGGAACGCAGCUAACGAACGGCGAAAAUGCCACCGUCACUGAGACGACUUCAAGUUGAACACUCCAGAGGCGAAGUUUACACAAUCGAAAUCCCAACAAGUCACAAAAUUUGCCGCCUAUUUGUUGAAUUGUCGUAUCGUUAAUCGUAUUUUGGGACUGAGCUAAAUUAAAACAUCAUUGUUUUAAAUAAGUGCAGCAUUGACCUACCGCUGCAACAUCAACAACUACCAACAUCGUAAUAAAACAUAAUUGUAUAUGUUUUCUUAAAGGCUGCUCUUAUUCUGCUCACACACAUCGCAUCGCGUCGUAUUUUAGAAUACGCAUAAAACGUCCUAUAUCCAGUCGUGGUAUAGACCAAUAAAAUACUUUUAGGCUUAGUCAAGCAAACUAUCAGCAACACUAUUAAGCAUCCUAAUCUAAAGGCCCAAUAUCACCCAAAAUACCAGCUAUAAAAGAAAGUUGACUUGUUUUUAAACACGAAAAGUCAUCUAGCUCAUACACAUAUAUGUUUUGUUAACCAUUUGCAAACCCGUCAAAUGCCUUUUAUAGUUUGUAAUUGAUUGCACAUAAUUUUAUGCAUUGUUUUUGUUGAAUCAACUUUACAACGAGUGCAACUAAAUAUUUUACAAUAACGUUAAGAUUCGCCCAAUUGGAAAAAGAAACCAGAGGAAUUAUUGAAUGAUUACGUUUUUGUUAUACAACUAUCAUAUAGAUAUAUAUCAGAAAAUAUAUAUUAUUCAUAUGUAAUUCAUACACUUUUGGGUCCUUGGUGUGUCAAGGAACAUUUAUUCAUACGAACAAAAUGGUUUUUUAUUAUUAAAAAGGUCGAAAUGCGAUCAAAUAAAAAUGAAGAAGCUGCCAAGUUAA